CCUGCCUGCCUGCCUGCCUGCCUGCCCGCCUGCCUGGCUGCCUGGCUGCUGGGCGGACUGGGGCAGAUCCGAGCCGACCAGUUCCGUGUUCUCUCCUCAUCCAGUGCACGGAGCAGACUGAACGGGGAGGACCUGGCAGUGUCAUGGUGGACAUUCCUACCCAGCCGCGGCAUCCAUAACUCCCGGGAGGAGGAGGGGGAGCAGCGGGAAAGUGAGCACGGAGAGAGGGAAAAAACAACAACUGCCUGAAUCCAGCUCUGUUCACUGUCCACACACCUGACGCACAGGCAGCCUGACAGCACGCAGGGUAUGUGACGUCAUCUCAGAAAUGAUGGAAGCUGCACACGAGGAUAAAGUGUGACCCCAGGUGAAACUAGUUGAAACAGCCCUACAGGAAAUAGUUUAUUCACUGAGAUAAAAAGCCGCCACACGGACGAGUGUCACCGUGUGUCAGACAUCAACAGCAGCAGCACUGUAAUGAUGACUGAACGCUCUGGGAUGAGGCCGGCUACACACAAGUGGUCUGCUGACCUUUGACCCCUCAUGGAUUAAAAAUGGCACUCGGGCAGAGACGGGGAGGGAAGCGAGACGUCUUACUCUCUGGGAAUUCUGGGAAUUUAACAAACGUGUUGGAUUGAAGCGGCGCCGCACAGACCGGACCAGCUGGUGUCUUCUUUUUAUUUCAAUGGGACUGGCAUGGUGCGCUGAAGAUGGAGUGAGGCGUGAGUGGGAGAUGUUCCUGAAGAGAAACUGAUUACAGAAAAUACUUUGAGUCAAGGAUGGAGCAGGAUUUUACACAGUAGGACCAACCGCUCAGACGUUGUGGACAGUGAAACCUGGACUACCAUUAGCCAGUGUUGGUGAACUCAUCUUUAAACUAUAAACAUUCGUAAACUCAAGCAGGCGAUAGCAGCCUGUCUCCCGAAACCUUCCCAUUGCUCAUUGUUUUGAAUGGACGUCUGACUUUAAACUGUAACUCUGACUCCAGGUCAGUUUUCCUGCUGCAGCGCCACUAAAAAAUAAAACAAAAACCAAAAAAAAAAAAAACUACAAACAUGGCCGCUACAGGAAGGAAGCACUUGGUGAGAGACUUUAAUCAUUUCAUCACCUGUUACCUGUGUCGAGGUUACCUGAUUAAACCAACCACGGUCACCGAGUGCCUGCACACCUUCUGUAAGAGCUGUAUUGUGCAGCACUUUGAGGAGAGUAAUGACUGUCCUAAAUGUGGCAUUCAGGUCCAUGAGACCAACCCACUGGAGAUGCUCAGGUUGGACAACACCCUGGAGGAGAUCAUUUUCAAGCUGGUGCCCGGACUCAGAGAAAGAGAGGAACAGCAGGAACUCGAAUUCUGGAGGAAGAACCAGCCCAAAGAAAACGGCCAAGCAGAAAACCUGAGGUGCCAGAGGUUCGGGCUGCCUGAUGUUGGAGGCGACGGCGGCGACGGUGGCGGCGACGACGGUGACGGUGGCGGCAAUGACGACUACCACAGGAGUGAUCCUCAGAUAGCCAUCUGUCUGGACUGCCUACGUAACACAGGACAGUCAGGGGAGAGCACUGUCACGGAUUUGAUGAAGAGGUUCAUCCGCUGCUCCAGUCGAGUCACCGUGGGAACAAUUAAGAAGUUUCUCAGUCUUAAACUAAAGCUGCCCAGCUCUUAUGAGCUGGAUGUGCUGUGUAACGGAGAGAUCAUGGGCAGAGAUCACACUCUGGAGUUCAUCUACAUGACCCGGUGGAGGCUACAUGGAGAGAAUACGUAUCCCAUGGUUCUUGAGUACCGGCCACGCAUCGACUUCGGCUGAAGUUCGGCUGCAAGAAGAGGACCACACACACACACACACACACACACACACACACACGUAUACACACACAUACCCACAUUUGCACGUGCAC